AUGGUCACUUCUUGCUCUCCCCUAAGAGUUUACGGCGUCAUCAAAUCCUACGUCAAAUUGAAGCCGAUCAGUAGCUUACAGGGUCGGAGCUUUUCUUGCUACUCGAGCUUUAAAAGUGAAAUGACUGGGGGAAAGGAUAAGUUAGCUGCCAUGGAAAGAAACAAAAAGCAAAAAUCAAAUAUGUUUGUGUGGAGACCAGUCUCUACUAUUGCCCACUCUAAUGAAGAAUCCUUGAUAAGAGAUGUGAAUCUUCAGCAACGAGAUGGAGAUAGAAAUAAAGAACUGCCAUGCGGCGCUUCUAGCACUAUGUCAAAUAGUCAACAGAGUGUAACUGGACCUGGAGUUGUAAUUGAAGCAGCACAUUCUACUAUCACUUCUUCAUUAGAUGAAAAUGUCGAAGCAGGAGCUUUGGAAGCAUUGUCUGCUGGAAAGCAUUCAGUUUCAAUUGAGGUCGGUGCUUCUCUAAUUCGAUUUAUUAGAGGAAAAGGAGGAAAAACAAAGGAAAAAAUUGAAGAGGAGAUGGGGGUUAAGAUAAUAUUUCCAGCAUCAAAGGAUGAUGAACUUGUUGUUAUCGAAGGUCCUUCAGUUGAUUGUGUAACUAGUGCUUCAGACAAAGUUCAGGGAAUACUUGAUGAGGCCAUUAGAAGUCACAAUCUUGAUUACUCUCACUUCGUAUCUCUUCCAUUGGCUAUACACCCCGAAUUGGUCGAUAAGCUAGUCAAAUUCCAGAAUUCUGUUAUGGGAAAUGAUGAAUUCCUCAAUGAGAAUUUGGAAAAUGAUUCUACUGAAGGUUCCUCAGACAAUGAAGUCAAGGAUCAAGAAACCAACAAAAGACAAGAUGUUGCAGUUGGACUUAAAGUUGGGGAAGGAAACAAUGUUAGAGUCGAUCUGACGAGCAUACCUCUUGUUAGCUACAAGCCUAAACCAUCACAACGGAGAGCAUCAACGUCUGAUUCAUCUGGAAUAGACAAAUCCAUAUUCAUAAAACCUCAGACAUUCCACUUGACUGUACUCAUGCUGAAGUUGUGGAAUAAGGAGCGAGUCAAUGCAGCUUCAGAGACUUUGAAGAAUAUCUCUUCAAAAGUGUUGGAGGCCAUGGAUAAUCGACCUGUCUCUAUCAGACUUAAGGGAUUGGAGUGCAUGAAGGGCUCUUUGGCGAAAGCUCGUGUACUUUAUGCUACGAUUGAAGAAUGUGACACUGAAGGCCGACUUGUACGUGCUUGUGAAGUUAUUCGCAAAGAGUUUGCUAAGGCUGGACUAGUUCUGGAGAAAGAUGCUAAAGAACAGUUAAAGCUGCAUGCCACAGUGAUGAAUGCGAGGCUUAGGAAAGGGAAGGGGAAGAUGAAAACGUUUGAUGCACGAGGCAUCGUUGAGCAAUUCGGAGACGAGGCCUGGGGUGAAUAUCUCAUCAGUGAAGCUCAUCUCUCGCAGAGGUUUGCAUAUGAUUCGAACGGGUACUACCACUGCUGUGCGUCGAUACCGUUUCCUGAAACUGAAAGUAAGCAGGCUGUAGUUUCUGAUUGA